GUUAACCAAUCAGAAAAGCGGUACUGAGAAAAACAUUUUAUACUUCAAAAUGGUGUCAUAGCGAAGGAUCAAAACCUUAGGAAAGGUUAAAUUUAUGAAUUCCGUCAAAUUUUAGGGAUCUAGAACUUUAGACAAUGGCAGCCUUUUAUGAUUACAGUUCCUAUUCUUCAGCUGCAUCUGACACGGAAUAUUCAAGAGAACAUUUGGAAGAUUUAUCCUACGGAAACUUAGAUACUAUACCCGAUUGUAUUUUGCAGCGUUCGGCGGUUCUCCAUUCACUCCAACUAGACAACAAUGAAAUCACUAGUCUGCCAAGUACCAUUGGACUGUUUAAAAAACUUAUUGUUCUGGAUAUUUCUUCAAAUAAUAUGAGUUUUAUUUGUGACGAAAUUUGUCAGCUUACUAAAUUACGAACACUUAUAGCUAAAAACAACAAGUUAACAACCGAUUCUUUCCCCAAAAAUUUUGGGUCUCUAAAAUUGUUAGAAGUCAUAAAUGUCAGUGGAAAUAACAUAGAAAUAUUUCCACCACAAUUUACAGAAUUGGAUAAACUCCAGGUUUUACAUUGUGGAGGAAAUCGUAUAAAGGAAUUACCAAGCGCCAUAAAAAGUUUAACAAGGUAAUGUAAAAUCUAGUUGUUAUACUAAACGUCUACACUGUUACAUUUACAUAGUUUUAAUAUUAUUAGCCUACAGUACAGUCUAUAGUCUAUAGCCUACUUCAUAUUCAUACUUUUAUUAUAAAUACUAUAUUACUAUACUAUAUAAUAUAUAUAAUUUAUAGACCUACUUAAUUUAAAGACCUUGGAUUAGAGCAAUCAUCAAGCCACUCAUAUUAUCAACAGAUUAGUUAACAUUAUUACUAUAUGCUUUCACAUUCAUUAGUCGAUAAUUUGGACCAAAUUAGCAAGGUAGUUUGUUAGAGUUAGAGCACCUUGUUUUAUGUGAGGGUUAAUUGAAUUAAUCUUGCACCUCUGCUCCUCCUCCUUGUCAAGAAUUGUCAAACUUUUUCCAACCACUUCCAAUCCCCUAAUUUGUUGACAUAAUUAAUGAUAAUGGAUGCACCUUUCUUCAUAAAACUAUAUUAAUUUGUAAAAAAUACUUAUAAAAUAUAAUUAUUAAUUAUGAAAGUAGGAAAAGUUAGUGUUCUGCUAGUUAAUAAUUAUAUAAUAUAUACACCACUAUCCUUCACUCCAUAAAAAAAAAUAAUACAUUAAAAAAUGUAAACGUCAAAAAGUGCCUUAUGAUUUUAUUUUGUUAAUGUAAACUAGUUUAAUUGCAUCCUAUGAUGUUUGAGUAAAUCAAAGAUCAGGUUAAUUUUUAAUUUAUUUACAAAUUUAAAUAAUAAAUCACUGGCUAACUGCUAACCCAGUGAUUCAGUUUCAGACACAAGUUUAUUAUCAAGCUCCAUUCUUGUCCAGACUUCAAAUUGUCCCAAGUCUUGUUUUAUAUGCUUUUAAUUCUGAAUUCAUUAUUUUUAAUGUAUUUCCCUGGUACUGAACCCCAAAAAAAAAUUCACACAAGAACAAUGUGUACAUUGUCAAAUUUAGAGUCUAGAUGUUAAUUUUUUUAUUUAUAAAUGAACUUAAAUGCAGGAUCCCAAACAACCUGUGAGAACUCUGUUGCACCAUCAUUUUAGCAAAAGUAUACACAUGAAUAUAAUAUUAAUAAUGAUAUUGAUAGUUGGUUUACACUUACACAGAGAAAAAUAUUUACAAUGGCUGCAUUAAUCUUUAAAAGAAUGGCCAAUUGAAAAGUGUGCAAUUUCAAAUUAUGUGUGUAAAAUACAUAACUAAUUAAUAAAAUAUUAUAAAUAUGACUAUUAACAAUUAUAAAAUAACGUAAUCUAUCCCUAGAUUUUGUUUGUAGAAUUUUUUUCUAAAUGUGUUAACUACUCAUACUCAUAUAAUAAAAUUGAGACCAAAGCUAUUGGAAAUGUGACUGGCUUUUAAAGCCUUUCACAUUAUAAAAAUAAGCUGAGUAUGAUACUGUGAUAAGAUAAUUUCUAUUAUCUUCUUGUAUUUUACAGUUUAAAUACGGAAUAGAUGUCUCAUACAAUUUUUUACUGAUCAUUUACGAUUUUUACUGAUACAUUGAACAAAUCCGAUACGUAUCUGUUUUUAAAAACUUUACUAAGGUGUCUACGAUCAUUUAUUAAAAAUUAAUGUCUUUAAAAGUUAGUGUCCUUGUUUGCCAGCACUUGAGCAGUGUAAGUAGUGAAAUCAACAACAGGCGAGGUGGUAAACAUGCUUUGCUUAGGUAAACAAAAUAUUGAUUAUUGGCAUAGUCACCAGCUGGUGUCUUUGUAAUUUGUAUGUUGUGAAAAAGCAAACAAACGACCUGCUGACGUUAGCAUAACAUAACUACCGUAAUUAUGCAAACGGUAAACCAGUGGGACUGUGCUCAUUUAUUAGCAAUCUCAAUAAUCGGACCCACGUCUUAGUCUAUGAGCAGGUAACAGUGGUAUUGUAGGAGUAUUAACCUGGCUAGGGUUAUAUUGCAUUCCAUUGUUUCUGUGGUCAGAGUCAGAUCAUGAGACCAGUGGCAUAGGAAGGGGCGAGGGGGCGGCGGCGUUUUGUCUUUUUAUUGGAGGGGCGGUAUUUUCGGUCUACUACACAUAGGUUGUUGUUUUUUUUCCGUGGAAGGGGGGCACGAACCCUAGCUCCACCGCUGCUUAAGACUCACUGUUAUGAUUGAAGCUAUAUGAAUAUGGUGCAUUGUGAGGACGGGGGAGGGGGGAGGGGGGUAAGAACCACUGCUCUGGGCUCGGCCAACUCAAGAGAAUAACUGCCCUACUUUCGUAAUGCAAGCAUAUACAGCCCGCCUCCAAUGGCAGUGCAACACAAAGGUUUACCUUGCCGUGAGCAAAGCUUUGCUUGAUCAUUUAAAAUGUGUUGCUGUGCCUCUGGUGCUCUGAGCAAAGUUUUCUCUUGUCAUUUGACCUCUGAACUGUGGUUUACAUUUACAGUAUACCUUUUUUCAUUGUCUAACCGUCUGUGUUUGUGGGUCCACAGGAGUCCCUAAAUCGUUACUCCCCCUACAAAUGCAAGGACCCCAGAAGAGGUAUAUAAUAUAUAUAUAUAUUAAGCAUCGAUUAUUGUUGUAAUUAUUCCAAAUUAAAUGAGAACAAUAUUUAAUCUGUGUAUGCGAGGGGGGGGGCGAAAAAUCGGAUGUUUAAUUCCAAGAUUUAGUGGUCUAAGUUUUUUUUUUAUUUUUUAAAUCAGUCUGAAUCCCCCCCCCCCCCCCCCCACACACACAACCCACCACCACCAUUUCACUGUCACUGGACUAACAAGGUGGGAAAGACAUUGUUUGCGUGAUACAUGUGGCAGAUUGUGUGAAUGAAUGAGGCAGAUUAUGAAAUAUGAUGAAUGGCUGUGGCAGAUUGUGCGAAUGAAUGAGGCAGAUUAAGACAUAUGAAUGAAUGAAUGUGGCAGAUUGCAUGAAAGACGUUUAUUUUCGUUAAUGGGUAUACGAUUCAGAACUAUAAUGUUGUCUGGCACUACUGACAGACCUACACUAAUCUCGAAACAUCUUUGUAAGGUUAGUUUAAGAAGAAAAGCUGGCGUCGUUAUUAAGUGGAACUUAAAGGUUGGUUUAAGUUGUUUUGUAUUUUUUUAAGGGAUAAUGUGUUCAGAAUCACCUUCUUUGAGAGUGAAUUUCUAAGGACUGGUCUAUACUAGUGUGUGUGUUUUUCGAGAUACCGUAGACCAUAUGUGUCAAACUCAAGCCCCGCGGGCCACAUACGGCCUUGCGUACAAUUAUAUCAGGCCCGAAAGAGAAUUAGAAUUUUAGGCAAACCAUAUUUUUAAUGGCCCUGCAAUAUAAAGUGCCAAUCGCGUUCCCUAAUUAGCAGCAUUGACGAACGAUACGCUAUCUAGGAGCGUUUUAAAAACGAAACUAAAAGUUGUGAAGUGAGUGGAUGUUCGCCGUCACAGCAACCCAGUAAUCAUAGGCGCGGAAACUGCAGCUUUUAAAUUUGAAGAUGGGGCUAAUAGAGCUGCAGUGUAGUGUAAUGGGACACUAAAGGCAAAGUACGACACUGUUGGGCCUGCACAGUUCACUCGUUUCAUUCCCGAAGAGAUGCCCCAGCUUCGUCUACGUGCGGCUCGAACCUGGAGCAUGUUGGGUAGCACAUGUCUGUGUGAGCAGCUGUUUUCUAUGAUGAAGAUUAACAAAACAUCGCACAAAAGUCGUCUCAAUGAUGAACACUUGCAUUCCAGUAUUAGAAUCUCAAUGACACAGAACAUUACUUCCAACUAAACGAACCUGUAGCCAAGAGAAGAUGCCAAACAUCCAGCUGAGACAAAGUGGCAUAAGAGCGAAAAUGAGUAUACCAUACUCAUUAAAACUUUUUUUCUCUUUUAAUGUAUAUUAAUGUUUCAAAAGGGUUUAAUUUUAUCCUGUUCGGCCCGCAACCUUACGCGUGAUUUGAAUUUUGGCCCGCUGAGCGAUUGAGUUUGACACCCCUGCCGUAGACAGACGAUUUUUUAAGUCCAUGGCUGGUGUCAUCCCACUUCGAUGGUUGAGUUCUUUAACUCAAGGAAACACCUCACCCCCAAGACAGCUGCUUGCUUGGCUGCCCUGAGCCCAUUCCAUCCUGCUGGGCUGACCAGAUCCCAUUUCCAACCAUUUGGCCCAACCAGUGUAUUCGAACAUUUUGGUCCCUUUCUUGUUUUCCUUGUUGGAAACACACGAGUUCUCCAGCGCAUGCGCCUCACCAAAAGAACACGAGUACGAAGCACGAAUUCAUUAAGAUCCUCUUUUUUUCCCCCCAAUACAUUAAAUCUUGUGAAACGUCAACCCUGACAGUACAAACCCAUUGCUCCUUGUGUUCUCUGUGUCUUCUCUGUUCUACAGGGACGGUCCGUUUGUGUGCUCAUUGUGUUGCCUGUGUGUUCUCUGUUCUACAGGGACGGUCCGUUUGUGUGCUCAUUGUGUUGUCUGUGUGUUCUCUGUGCUACAGGGACGGUCCGUUUGUGUGCUCAUUGUGUUGUCUGUGUGUUCUCUGUGCUACAGGGACGGUCCGUUUGUGUGCUCAUUGUGUUGUCUGUGUGUUCUCUGUGCUACAGGGACGGUCCGUUUGUGUGCUCAUUGUGUUGUCUGUGUGUUCUCUGUGCUACAGGGACGGUCCGUUUGUGUGCUCAUUGUGUUGUCUGUGUGUUCUCUGUGCUACAGGGACGGUCCGUUUGUGUGCUCAUUGUGUUGUCUGUGUGUUCUCUGUGCUACAGGGACGGUCCGUUUGUUUGUUGUUGUCUGUGUGUUCUCUGUGCUACAGGGUCGGUCCGGUUGUGUGCUCCUUGUGUUGUCUGUGUGUUCUUGUGCUACGGGGACGGUCCGGUUGUGUGCUCCUUGUGUUGUCUGUGUGUUCUUGUGCUACGGGGACGGUCCGGUUGUGUGCUCCUUGUGUUGUCUGUGUGUUCCCUGUGCUAUAGGGACGGUUGUGUGUGUGUGUUGAGAUUGGAAUGGCCAAUCUAGUAUGUUAGUUUCUGAUCCCCAGAAACCGCGACACGCUCGGCGUAUAAGAUACUCCAUAAGUCUAUUAAUCCCACCAGACACGUUACCCACUUUGCUCACAGCUGCUACAUGGAACAUCAUCAUGACAUGGUGUAAGGGGAUUGUGGACCAGGGGGUGAAACUUUCAAUGAUUGUGGACCAGGGGAUGAAACUUUCAAUGAUUGUGGACCAGGGGAUGAAACUUUCAAUGAUUGUGGACCAGGAGAUGAAACUUUCAAUGAUUGUGGACCAGGGGAUGAAACUUUCAAUGAUUGUGGACGGGGAUGAAACUCAAUGAUUGUGGACCGGGGGUGAAACUUUCAAUGAUUGUGGACCAGGGGAUGAAACUCUCAAUGAUUGUGACCAAGGGGUAACUCUCAAUGAUUGUGGACGGGGGGUGAAAUUCUCAAUGAGUGUGGACCAGAGGGUGAAAUUCUCAAUGAUUGUGGACGGGGGUGAAAUUCUCAAUAAUUGUGGACCAGAGGGUGAAACUCUCAAUGAUUGUGGACCAAGGGGUGAAAAUCAUGAUUGUGGACUAGGUGGUGAAACUCUCAAUGAUUGUGGACCAGGGGAUGAAGCUCCUGGUGAUUGUAGAAUGUAGACAGAGGGCGUUAAAAGCAGUGAUCACCUGGAAGGUCAAUCUCUUGACCAUUAUGGACCAGGAGAUCCGUUUAAGAGCAUAACAUUUUUAAAAAAAGUUGCCUACCUUCUAAUGAACUUACUAAAUAGUGAUACCCUUGCCCACCCCAACCCCAAUUAUGUUUUUUGUUUAAAUUAACCCCUCCUCCCCUACACAUAUAACAGACAAAUGAUAAUAACCACGGAAGCCAUAUUAGCAUGCUCGUAUUCUUGUUUUAAAUUGUUUAUCUUCUUAAUCCUUAUUUUGAAAGUCCACCCCACCCCCCCCUUCGGUGCCCCAUUGUCACAAAGUGUAGAUACCCUCAUGACAUAUCAUCACAAAUUCUUGCCCCACCUCCCCCUUUUUUUUCUCCCUCCUCUCGGUGGGUAACGUCAUUUAUGGAAGCCCCUGAAAUGAGCUUCAGUAAGCUUAAAAAGUAAUCCUUUAAAAUGUAUCGUUUACGCUGUCGAAUCCAUGCCCUUGGUUAUAAAUCAAAUAUGCAUGAAUGACCUUGUUUGUUUGUUUUCCAGUGUCCAAGGCGUGAGAGAGGCGGCACACAAAUUUUAAUACAUGACACCACCUGUUAACGGGAUGCUUGCUCACCUAUAGCCUCUGCUUUAAUCGGAGGUCGAUUUCAGAGUUCAAACACUCGCCGGUGACAAGAACUCAUUAAAACCUGGUCGUGUUAGUGGUCACCAGAGGCGUAGCGUGGUGGGGGGCAGGGGGGACAGAUGUACCCGUGCGCCAGCUUUUUAGGGCGCCAAAAUGUGCUUUGAUAUUAUUUUAUUGAUGAAAAUAAUGGGUUUGAGAGUUGAAACAAAAGAAAAAGGGGCGCUAAAAAUGGAUCUUGUCCCCGUGCGCGAAUCUUGUCCCCCGGGCGCCAAACACCCUCGCUACGCCACUGGUGGUCACUGUAAUCCGUAUCAUGACCAGCUCGUGCACAGUUGUCCCAACCAUGACCACGUGCAUACAUUACGAUCGGCCUGCUCAUUGGUUAAUUGAUCGUUUUGUUUUAAUAGAUGCUUUUUUGGGAAGCUAUUUUAAUGAAGCCUCCAUUAUUUGUAUGUACAUUUUAGUUUUCAAAGAUUUUUUUUAAAAAUCAAACACAUCGUCGGCAGGGCAGGGGCAAUCAAAAACAUCGGUGGCAGGGCAGGGGCAAUCAAAAACAUCGUCGGCAGGGCAGUGGCAAUCAAAAGCAUCGUCGGCAGGGCAGUGGCAAUUAAAAACAUCGGUGGCCGGGCAGUGGCAAUCAAAAACAUCGGUGGCCGGGCAGUGGCAAUUAAAAACAUCGGUGGCCGGGCAGUGGCAAUCAAAAACAUCGUCGGCAGGGCAGUGGCAAUCAAAAGCAUCGUCGGCAGGGCAGUGGCAAUUAAAAACAUCGGUGGCUGGGCAGUUGGGCCGGGCAGUGGCAAUCAAAAACAUCGUCGGCAGGGCAGUGGCAAUCAAAAGCAUCGGCGGCAGGGCAGUGGCAAUUAAAAACAUCGGUGGCCGGGCAGUUGCAAUCAAAAACAUCGUCGGCAGGGCAGUGGCAAUUAAAAACAUCGGUGGCCGGGCAGUGGCAAUCAAAAACAUCGUCGCCAGGGCAGUGACAAUCAAAAACAUCGGUCGCAGGGCAGUGGCAAUCAAAAACAUCGUCGGCAGGGCAGUGGCAAUCAGAAGCAUCGUUGGAAGGGCAGUGGCAAUCAAAAGCAUCGGUGGCAGGGCAGUGGCAAUCAAAAACUGCGCCCUGGGCAAAACCUGAAGUUAAGCUCUCUCUCUUUCUUUUAAAGUACCGGUACAUAGUAUGAAAUGACGAUUUUCGCCUCCGAAGACUGGGUCCGGGUAUCACGCCCGCAUCACAGCGCUCUGAUCAUCAGUAUAUAUAUUUGUUUUUUUCUUUUUUAUGCUCUUUGUUGUACCCCGUAUAACCUCAGCACCCCAAUGGUUUGCUUUCAGGAGUGCGGACCCCACAGCCCUCUCUUUUUUUUUCCCCAGAAAAUUUACCGUCUCCAGCAAAAAUUAUUAUUUUCCUUCAACUUGACCUAUAAGAAUCGUCUAUAGAUAUACUGCCCACAUUUUUGUUUUCUUAAUGUAUUCGGACCUGAUGCCAGUCUUAGACUCUGGGCUCCCUAAACCCGACUCACAUCCAUGGCUGGCAUCAGCCAUUGUUCAGCUUAACGAAAGACAGUAGCCCCCCUAAGACUAUUGGAGUUUGGAGUGAAUUGACCGUUAAAAACUAGGAAGAUGGAUAAGUGCAGUGUAGAUUUUGUUUAAAAAUUAUAUCAAGCUAAGCCAUGUUGUCUAACGGGGGGAGGGGGGGGAGAGAGCCAUUAAUAUUUCAGGCGGCAUGGUUAGAUCUUGUCCGUCCAGGUUCCAGGUUGCAUUCUGCAACAUUUUGCACCAUGGCUCUGUCAACAACCAGGGCCGGUGCGUCUACCUCCCGGUGACCUCACACGUCAUCUGACCUUGCGGUACUGAGCCUCUCGUAAGCAGGGCUGUAGUACGAGUGUCUGUUCAGCGGUCCUCAAAAGGGCAUAGACGUGUCUUCGAGUUUGUUGGUUUUGUUGUUGUUUUAUAUUAGUAUUUAUUUGUUUACUGUAUAACGUGGAUCUAAACUAUUUGACGUGGGAUAUGAUUGCAAUGUUUCGUCAUCUCAAUCCGUGGUGCAACAUCUUUUGGAUAGCUGAGGAAGUAUGUCCGCGGAGUGUAGAUGCCCACUGUGCAAUGAAGUAUUUCUGAGUGUAGAUGCCCACUGUGCAAUGAAGUAUUUCUGAGUGUAGAUGCCCACUGUGCAAUGAAGUAUUUCUGAGUGUAGAUGCCCACUGUGCAAUGAAGUAUUUCUGAGUGUAGAUGCCCACUGUGCAAUGAAGUAUUUCUGAGUGUAGAUGCCCACUGUGCAAUGAAGUAUUUCUGAGUGUAGAUGCCCACUGUGCAAUGAAGUAUUUCUGAGUGUAGAUGCCCACUGUGCANACACCCCCAUCACCAUGAACUGUGUCCACGUAUACACCACCUCAAUCACCAUGAACUGUGUCCCCGCAUACACCCCCAUCACCAUGAACUGUGUCCACGUAUACACCACCUCAAUCACCAUGAACUGUGUCCCCGCAUACACCCCCAUCACCAUGAACUGUGUCCACGUAUACACCACCUCAAUCACCAUGAACUGUGUCCCCGCAUACACCCCCAUCACCAUGAACUGUGUCCACGUAUACACCACCUCAAUCACCAUGAACUGUGUCCCCGCAUACACCCCCAUCACCAUGAACUGUGUCCACGUAUACACCACCUCAAUCACCAUGAACUGUGUCCCCGCAUACACCCCCAUCACCAUGAACUGUGUCCACGUAUACACCACCUCAAUCACCAUGAACUGUGUCCCCGCAUACACCCCCAUCACCAUGAACUGUGUCCACGUAUACACCACCUCAAUCACCAUGAACUGUGUCCCCGCAUACACCCCCAUCACCAUGAACUGUGUCCACGUAUACACCACCUCAAUCACCAUGAACUGUGUCCCCGCAUACACCCCCCAUCACCAUGAACUAUGUCCAAUUAUAGACCCCCCCCAAUCACCAUGAACUGUGUCCACGUUCAAUGAUUAUGUAUGAAGGCCAAAAGGGACCAUUCCAUUGGGUUGCUGCACUAGGGAUCAAUCCCUGCCUUUCACUCACUAUAAAAACGUUUGCGAAGCGAAGGACUGUGCGGUAGCCUUUUUUUUAAGUGUUGAUCUCUCUUUAAGACAUACUUGAGCAUGCAAGGUACCAUAUUCGAAAUCAGUUUUAUAAUAUCCAACGCUUUAAGUUUAAGCUUCUCCGCUGGAGGAUUUUCCACAUCAAUCCGCCUGUCCUGAAAGGCAAUGAGUGCUUCGUGAUCCUUUCAUUUGCGGUCUCUAAAAAAGAAUGCCAUCCGAACAAAACGGGAAGACCACCGAGGUCGCCGUCAAGCUGCUAGAACAACGGCGACCACUCGCAUCAGACGACUUGUUAUUCUGUAACCCAACGCGGGUUAAACCAACCCAGCAGAAUAGAGAGAGAGAUGCUGGGGGGAAGGGGAGGGAGAGGGGGGGGCGGGCUUUGUCUCUUCAGCCCAGCAACUGAACAAAUGGUGUAGGUCAUUAUUCUAUCUAUGAAAUGACUGGUGAGCUCGUUAAAUGCAGAAACCGCAGACAGGUUGGGGGAGCAGGUGGGAGGGGGGUGGGAUUGCUUAAUUGACGUGUUAUCGUUCCAAAGUACUCUGGCCCUCAUCAGUUUCACCAAAGACAAAUAAAAAAGGGAUAUUUUUAAAACUGCUCACAGCGUGCGUGCUGAUGAUCGCCUGAUGCAAUUCGAUUGUAACGUUGGUACCCCUCCAAACUGACAGAAAGGGAAUGUUGGUACCCCUCCAAACUGACGGGAAGGGAAUGUUGGUACCCCUCCAAACUGACGGGAAGGGAAUGUUGGUACCCCUCCAAACUGACGGAAAGGGAAUGUUUAGCAUCAAUGAAAUCCCCUGUGGACCAACCUGCACUUGAUUUUUAUAUGGUCAUCUUCCUCAAUCACUGUACCACCAAAUACAGGGACAUCCAGUCAGAAAUACAUAAACAUUUAGUCAGAAGUGCAAUGAACAUCUAGUCAGAAGUACAUAAACAUCUAGUCAGAAGUACAUGAACAUCUAGUCAGAAAUGCACAAAUGUCUAGACAGACAUUAAAAAAACAAUUCAGAUUAAUGUUUUCAUCUAAAUCAACUUCUCUCAACUAGAUUCCAAAUGUUUAGAGAGAAGUCUUCUUGGUUCUUUGACUUUGAAUUCUGAGACUUUAUGAUAUCAUUAUUUUCUCUACACAGACUGCAGGUGCUCUACCUUGGAGGCAACCAACUCAUGGAAAUACCCGCGGAGGUCGGCUACCUGAGUGAGCUCACCUCUCUGGUGCUGUGCGACAACCGGCUGCAGAGUCUUCCGCCCACUCUCAUCAACCUCCGCACCCUUCGCAGCCUCAGCCUCCACAACAACAAACUCUCCACCCUGCCCACAGAGAUUGUGGCCCUAAACCUGGUUGAGCUUAGUCUACGCAACAACCCUCUAGUCAAUCGGUUUGUUGAGGUCAGUGGGUUGGAUAAGCUUUUCAGACUCAAAAAAAUUUUUUGUUACUUAUGUUUUGUAGGGGGAGUGACAAUCAUGUAGAUGAGAUAUAGUAUUUUGUGUAUAAGUUUAAACAAUGGACUACUCUGGAUUGCUCUGUUUUACAUUCUGCAUUGCCUGGAUACCACCAUUAUGGAUAAGUUAAGAAUAGAGCUUAUAAUUUUAUUUUUUUUUUUUUUUUUUUUUUUUUUGAGGGAAAAACACUACCAAAAGAACAAUAUUGUCAGAACAGGCUAACAAACAUGUUGGUAAGGUGUUUUGGAAGAAGAGCUUUAAUCUAAAUGUCCAUCACAAGCUACUAACAAAGACAGAGAGGACCCAGUGGUGAUUUAGUUGGUAUUCCUGUUGUUACAUGGUCACUGCUUUCAUUUACCCACAAAUGACACAGGGUCUUAACCUUGCCACUUGGGUCGCUCAACCUGUGCCUGAAAGUUGUAUACAAAACUUUGGUAGGUUCUUUAAGGGAAAGUUGAAAAUAUUUGUUGUGUGCAUGUAGAUUAUUUUAACAACUUUUUUUUUUUGAAGUUGUACCCCUUUUAUGUGACCUUUUAUCUUCACUUUGAGAUACCUAAAACAAUCAUCCUUUUUUUUUUUUUUUUUUUUUUAAACAUUUUUUUUAAAUUUUUUUUUUUUAUUUUUUUUUUUUUUUUUUUUUUUUUUUUUUUUUUGUUUGUUUUUUUGUAUUUUGUUUAUUUUAACAACUUUUUUUUUUGAAGUUGUAUCCCUUUUAUGUGUCCUUUUAUCUUCACUUUGAGAUACCUAAAACAAUCAUCUUUUUUUUUUUUUUUUAUUAUUACUAAACAUUUAUGUAGCAAUAUUCUUUGUUAAUUUCUUAUUCUGGCUUUAUUUUCUUGUUGUCUAGGACUUAGUCUACAACCCACCGUCACUUCUUGAGCUAUCUGGACGAGUAAUUAAGAUAGAAAAACUUCGCUACACACCUGAGGACCUGCCUUACAGCCUCAUCAGAUACUUGGAUUCGGCCCAGAGAUGUGUCAACCCACAGUGUAAAGGUGAGUCAGGGCCCUGCCCCCAAAAGUUACCAUUAACCUAUACAGUUUGUUUUUUGUUUUUUUUAAAAUAAAUCUUAUAAAGCUGGCUUAUCUGAAAAAUAAUAAAGCGAGCAAGUGGGUGUAUGUAGUAAAAUAACAAAUUUUGUUUGUUUCAAAGCUUUGAUCCUGAUCAUGAAAGUUUUAUUUCAUCUUUGAUCUCACUCAAACUGCCAAAGACAAUGGAUGAGGUACUUUGUGCCUUGCUGGAUUAUAAAAUAUGAAUCCAGAUAUUGCGAACAGCCGUGUAACUGAUGACUGGAUAUUUGAGUUUCCACUGUUCUGGUUCAAUGUCCAGUUUUGAAAAAUGAUCAUUCUGGACCCAGCAGGCAUCGUCUCACUUAAACGACUGAAGAGAACUUUAAGAGAACACCGUUACAGUCUUGGAUCAGUAUGGACUCAUUCAUGUUAAUAAUAUUCAUUAGUACCCCACAAAAGGAAUGUAGGCUGUCUGUGCUCAAAUAAACACAAUAGUGGUGCUUAAAUAAACAUUUAGAGAUAGGCUUGCAGGAUUGAUCCUCACCUGGUGUCACCAGUGGUGUGAUGUUUAUAUAACUAGGUCACUAGUCUUACCCUAAGAAAAUUAUGGUGUGUUUUAAACUAGGCCAAGGAAACUCUUUGGUCAUUAGUUGAUUUGCGUUUAAUGAUCCUACCCCUGGGCUGUUACUAAUGGUAUCUUCCUUGACAGGCCACUAUAAACUGUUGUGAUUAAUAUAAACUAUAUGUGACCAAUAUUAAGUGUAUAUGACCAAUAUAAACUGUAUGUGACCAAUAUAAACUGUAUGUGACCAAUAUAAACUGUAUGUGACCAAUAUAACCUGCAUUUGACCAAUAUAAACUGUAUGUGACUAUUAUAAACAGUAUUUUACCAAUCUAAAUUGUAUGUGCCCUAAUAUAAACUGUAUUUGACCAAUAUAAACUGUCUAUAACAAAUAUAAACCGUCUGAAAAUAUAAAAUAUAAGUAACAUAUCUAAUCAAUAUGAACUGUAUGUGACCAAUAUAAAAUGUAUGUGACCAAUAUAAACUUAGGUGACCUAUAUAAACUCUAUAUCUCCAUUCAAAGUAAACUAUCUGACCUAUAUAAAAUAUCUUUGACCUAAAUAAACUAUCUGACCUAUAUAAAAUAUAUUUGACCAAAAUAAACUGUCUGACCAAUAUAAAAUAUCUUAGAUAAAAAUGAAAUGUCUGACCAAUAUAGUUUUUGGACAAAAUAUACUGUCUAUUCACAUUACAAUGUGAUGUGUAAUUUUCUUUCCACAACUAAGAAAAACCUUUAUUAAAAACAUACAUGCAUAUCUUCAUAUGAUGGCAUAUCACUUUCUUUGAUUUCAAUAAUAGGGAGGGGGUUGGGUUGUGGUUCAUAUGGAAAUGGAAGGUGUACAGAUGGAUUUUAAGACUGUAACAUGCCUUGUAAGUAAGUGACAUUUUCAAAAGGCUUUACUUCAGUCCAGCCUCUGUUUUUGUUGUUGUUCCCUUGUGUGAUUGGGAAUCCAGUGUUAAGUCCUCGGAUCUUCCUUAGGCACAUGUCCCCUUGUGUGAUUGGGAAUCCAGUGUUUAGUCCUCGGAUAUUCCUUAGGCACAUAUCCCCUUGUGUGAUUGGGAAUCCAGUGUUUAGCCCUUUGAUCUUCUUUAGGCACAUGUCUGCGUGCAAACAUCAUGAGCCUCAUUUUUGUCUUAUCAGAUAACAGCUUUCAUUUGUGCCUAGUGACAGUUCCUAUCUCUUUAGUGAUUUCUCUGUGGAAGAUCAGAGUCCAAUGACCUUUCACCAUUAGCAUAAUGAACAUUUAAUGUAGAAUGCUCAGCUGAUCCAGAGCCAUGCUAUAGUUUUGUACACUUAAUUGAUGGGUCCUGUUUUUUGGGGGUUUUUUGUUGUUGUUUUUAUAAUUCUUCAAUUUGAUUCAAAACAUGUUUUUUGUGUAAAUGGUUUUGAAAAUAUUAUUUUUGUGUUGGCUUAACUAUCUUCUAUUAGUAGUGGUGUAGGAAAGGGAAUGCGGAGGGGGCGGUCGGCCUCAGGUGUCACUUUUGUUUUUAUUGGGAGGGGCGGCAUGUUCUGCUAGCUUUAGAAUAUUUAUUCAGUUUUAUUCAUGUACAGUUACGCCACUGUCUAUUACACAUACUGUAAGAAGGCAUUUGGAUGAAAGUCUGCCUAUGUCAUUUAGUAGAACUUUUUUUUUUCUUUUAAAUGAAGCUGUUUAAUACUACACCACUGUGAAAGCACUAAAAAUUUUGUAAAGUCCAAAAAAAAAAAAAAGAAAGAGAUGUGAAAGCCUCUAAACUAAAAACCAAACUAAAAAUAUGAGGUCGAAUAUUUAGUAUAAGUUUUUUUUUUUUUUUAAAUGAAGUUGUUUAAUACUACACCACUGUGAAAGCACUAAAAAUUUUGUAAAGUCCAAAAAAAAAAAAAAGAAAGAGAUGUGAAAGCCUCUAAACUAAAAACCAAACUAAAAAUAUGAGGUCGAACUGUGUCAGAUCUAGUUCUAUUUUCUUGGUUAGGCUUGUUGGACUUGAGUUGUUGUUUAUUUUGACUAAGAUAAUUUUAAACAAUUUUAAAAAAAAAAUGAUUAAAUGUUAAAUGAAGUUGUUCAACCUUAUGAAAAGAAAUGGACCAGCACAAUAUGUUUAUUUUGGUAAGAGCUUGUUAUGAUACCCUUUUUAUGUUGUCAUCAAUGAGAUUAAUGUUGCUGUUUGUGUAAAUAUUUCUUGAGGUCAGAUAGUUUUGGAAAAAAAAGACUAUAGAUGUUCAGCUGGUCAACAUGAUGUGUAUGUGUUGAAACCGGAAAGGGGGGGGGGGUGUAUGUCAGGUGUAACAAAUAAACAAAUACGUUGGCUGCCACUGUUUCAAACAGUUAGCUCUAAAACUGUUGGCGAUAUAAACUUUUAAACAUCAUGUGCUGAAAUUGUACAAGUCUUGUCUUAGAAUCUCAUGAGAGUUCAUAUCAGCCUAUACUAUUCUCUUGGGAUUUUUUUUAAAUUUACGCUUGACAAGUUAUUUACAAACCAAAAAUAACUUAAUGGUCUUAUGACAUGUCAUCAUUAGUUUAUUGUUCUUUUUUAAAAUUCUUAAGUAUAAAGUUAGCAAUUGCCCAAAAAAAUGGGUCUCAUAAUUCAAUUUUGGUGCCUUAUAAAUCCUCAUGGUUCAAUGGUUUUAUGCCUAACAGUUACAGCAGUUGACACUGUAUUAUUGGAUGGCAUUUAAAGGCGUCUGCUGAACCUUGAAGAAAUCCCAGAUUUUUAUCUCAUGCCUAACCUUAUCUCUCUGCCCUCUAUUCACUGAGGUCAACACAGCUUCAAUUAGUAGGAACCCAACUAAUCUGUGAUGUGGCUUGAACUGUUUUUACAAUGAAAUAGAUCACAUGGGAUAAUCUCAAAUACAUAGGGUAACCUAUAAUACAUGGAAUAACCUAUAAUACAUGGGAUGAUAUAUAAUACAUGGAAUAAUCCCCAAUACAUGGGAUAUUCUGUAAUUCAUAGUAUCCUCUAAGAUAUGACAUUUUCCCCAGAUACUGGGUCAUUGAAGCUGACAAAUGAUAGAUUAAUGCCCCGCACUUGCUCCUUCCCACCCCCACCCACUCCCCUACCUGGAAAUGAUGGUGAUGAUGGAAACCUGUGUAAAUAUUUGUUGUUCUCUGCUCAAAAUUAUCUCUGUAAUGAAAUUCAAUUUUUUUUAAAUAUAAAACAUAAAGGUAUAAAAAUUAAUAAAAUUGUGAAUAGCAGAAAAACUAUUCUAUGGAAGUUUAAAGCAAUUGGCAGAAAAUUAUAAUUAAAUGCAUAGAAACUGCGCAGAUGGUUAUUUUGUAAUUAUUUUUUUUUAAACAUUUGCUAACUCAUUUUUGUGCCCUUCCUUUAAAACAUUAGUUGCAGUGCAGCUUCUUCAAUAAAACAUUAGUGUCAGUUCUGCCAUUGUGCUGGUACAUCAUAGUUUUAUUGGUGGGGGGAGGGGGGUGUCAAAUGUGUAAUUCAGUCUUGCUGAAGUCUGUUCUUGAACUGAUUUCAGAAGCUGCAAUGUGACAUCCAUGUAAAAAAUAACUAAAUAUCAAUGUUUUUUUCUUCCUGACCCAGGUGUCUACUUCUCAUCUCGGGUUGAGCAAGUCAAAUUUGUUGAUUUUUGCGGAAAGUACCGACUCCCCCUGCUGCAGUACCUGUGCUCCCCCAGCUGCACGACAAGUUCACCCACUGUCACCUCGAGCAGGGAGAGUGAUGACGAGGAAGAUGAUGAUGCCAGGGACAGGAUGAGGAAGGUCCUGCUGGGUUGAUGACCCCCCAGAUAAAUUAAUGUACAUAGACUUGUUUGUGGUUGGGGUUUGUAUCCCCCUCUGUUGAUAUUGUUGGCCUACUUUAUGCUUGAGAGCUCUUGAAAGAAAAUUAUUGUCACCAGUCAUUGAGAAGAAAGUUUCGACGUGAAAACAAGUUGAAUAACUUUUCAAACAGUCCAGGUGUUAAAUGCAUUUAUAAUAAUAUGUUACAGUCGUAUUAUAGCAAAGAUGGAUUCAUAUAGAUUUUUUGAAAGAUCCAUGAAAAAUACACAUUUUAAAACUAAAAGAUUGUUAUACCAGUAAUAAUUGUACUGCUAUGUUUCCACUUUCUUUUUUAUUAAAAAAGAACCACCACAGAUUUUUUUUUUUUUUGAUGCUCUUGAAUUUUAAAAAAACACAUUAAUUAAUAUUUUCAGAUUUGAGUAAGAUUUUGAAGUAACGAACCACUCUUUUAUACAUUUGAAGUUAUUUUUCCACAGAAACUUUUAAAUAGUUGUUUGGGUGGGUUUUUUUUUUAGCUUUCCUCAAUAUUUAUCUGAAUUACUGUCAAAACUACAACCUCCUCAUAGAUUGAGCUGAGAGAAGAGACAAAUUAUUGGUCGCUUUCUUAUAAAACGUUUACAUUGAUUUGCUGAAUAUUUUCUUCCUUAUGUUAGUCAACCAGUCUUGUGAUCUUCCCUUCUACAAGCCCAUAUAUUUAUAUAUCUAUACAUUGUUAUUUUAAACCAAGUCUUCAAAACUGGAACCCUAUCCUCUUUAUUUUCUCUUUUGCCUUACUUCCCCUAUUUGGGUCAGGGGGAGAGAAGCCAUACUUUUUCUUAUGCAUCUGCUUUAUGUUAAAUGAUCAAUAUAUAAAUACAACCAAAAAAAAAAAAAAUUGUACAGUGGUAUAAAUAUGUAAUCUACUCUUUUUUUUCUGUUUCACAUCUUGCUUUCAUUGCAGCAAAUUUAUGUGUGCCUAACAUGGGCUUGAGUUCUUAACCAACGUUGACUUGUUUUUUUUUGUUGUUGUUUUUUUCAACACUUGAGUAUUAUUGAAGGAUUAUUCAUGUUUAAGGGCAUUUACUGUACCUCAGCAGCUCAUACCGCACCUCCCUACUUGAGGAUGUGCAUACUGACAGAUUUAGAUGUGGAAGUGGGGUGGGGGUUUAUAUGAGUACGGUAUGUAUAUCUGCAUGUAGUUCUUGUUUUAAAACAAACUACUAACAUAAAAUAUCAUCCUCAUGCGGGAUAGGUUGUUUUUUUUCUUUGAUCUGCCACAAAACGUUCGUAUUAUGUUCAUAUUAUAUAGCCAUAUUCUGGCUGUGACAAUUUGACAGUAUUUAUUGAUUGUAUUAUGGAUGGGAUAUUGGAAUGGGCAUUGAGUUCGCGAAGCGUAAAACAGUGAUUGCUAAUUUACAAGGAAUAAGCAGUCUGGUAAAUGGGGCUCGGUGCUUUCUUUGAAACACUUAGUCUACCGACAUAGUACACACCUUGUUUAAACACUUUCUCUAAAGUUGUUGUUCUCAGGUUAGCUAUCGGUGCCUGAAAGCAAAUAAAAAGCUAACCAUUUGUUUAAUUAUGACAUCUGAAAAUAACCAAACAAUUUAAAUAUGGGAUCUGUUUUUAAUGAGAAACAAGCCUUCUAACAGGAGGAUGUAUUUUCAGGUGUAUUAUAGCACACACGCAAAAUAUUUUAGUUGAAUUUUUUUUUAACUUUUAUGGUGUUAAAGAAAUGUAAAUCGAAGGCUGGCCUGGCGCAGUAUACUUGUGUAAAUCUUCAAGUAAAAAGUUGUUUGUUUUUUUUAAACUUUAUCUGUAAAUCAGAGCAUCUGUUCCAGUUCUGUAGACUAGGCUCAGUGCUGCAGUAGAGUCGUUUUCUUCCUUUUUUUUUCUUCCUUAGUUUGGCUUCUUUGGAUUUAUGAUCAACCUCAUUAGAUAAGGGUAUACAAUUAUACAUGGCCAUUAAGACUUCUUAGUCAGGGCCUGUAUCCGCUAACUGUUACUUCAAGGGCUAAUGAGACCUUGUUUACACAACUGUUGUAGGAGUGUUCACUAAAUCCUAAGAUCGACUAAGUUCAAAUCAGUCUUGUCACAAAAAUUGUCAACAAAGAGUCAUGCAGUGCAACAUUAUCUUUCAACUAACGUUUUUGGGUUGUUGUUUUUUUUCCAGAGAUUCAUCUAAGCAAAAACAACAACAAAACAACAAAAAAAUAUUGCCUCUUAAUAGAAAAAUAAACAAACAAAAAUUUAAAAAAGAACACC